AUGGAGAUACCUCCAGUGGAGCGAUUUCAAUUUCCUGACGAAUCGACGUCUGACCUAGGCGCAAACUGGGAAAAAUGGAAGCGUAGUUUUCAGUACUACCUUGACGGACGAGGCAUCCACCAGGACACUCGGAAGAGAGCACUCCUGCUGCAUUCCGCUGGACCGCGAGUCCAAACGAUCUUUGAGACUCUAGACGACACGGGGAAUACCUAUGCAUCUGCCAUCCAGUCACUCGAUACCUAUUUCCAACCGCUAGUCAACAAAUACUAUGAACGUUACCGAUUUAGACAAAUACGGCAACAACAGGGAGAGGCGAUUGAUCGAUUUGUGAGUCGUCUCCGACAGCAGGCCGCCAAGUGCAGCUUUGCAGAUUCGGAUGAGAACAUUCUGGAUCAACUGAUAGAGAAGUGUGAUGGUUCAAGAGUCCGCUCAAAACUGCUUGAGGAAGGUAAUGACCUGACUCUGGAAAAGGCAAUAUCCCUAGCACGUAUGCUAGAAUCAGUAGCCGCGCAAGAGAGAGACAUUUCGAGUCAACAAGAUGCAGGACCCUCCACUGAGAGAACCCUUCGAGUAGAAUCUACAUGGAAGGACAGGCAAGCCAAAAGUAAGGGCAAACCACAAGCGAAAAAGCCACAACACGCGAAGCAGUGCUCACGAUGUGGACUAGAAGGCCACGGCCCAACAGACGCAAAAUGUCCAGCAAAGAAAGUAGAAUGCAACAAGUGUCAUAAGCAAGGACAUUAUGCUCGUAUGUGCAAGACGAAGAGCAACGGCUCGAAGACUGGUAAAGUCCUCAUGACAGAAGAGAGUCAAUGUAAACAAGGAGAAUGCUUGAGUAAGUCUGAUUCAGAGUAUGUGUUCGCUGUAAAUCACGAACAUGCUACAGCUGUUAUUCGAAUUGGUGGAGUUGAUACACAAGUUGUCAUAGACAGUGGAGCCUGUAGUAAUAUUAUGUCACAACAAGAGUUCACACGGUUGAAACACAAAGGGAUGAAAUACAAAUCAUGCAAAGUGAAGAAAACCCUCUACACGUAUGGUUCAACCAGACCCUUGUCUGUAGUUGGGGGAUUUGACACAGAAGUAGCGUCAGAAGGCAAACAAAUGACAACCCAAUUUAUUGUUGUACGCUGUUCAGGACCAACAUUACUGGGACGUCAGACUGCACCAGAGCUGCAUCUCCUAACGUUAGGAUCUGUUCGAGAAGACAACACGAUUGGUCGAAAAGAACUAAUACAGGAGUACAGUGAUUGUUUCUCAGGAUUAGGGAAGUUGAAAGACUUCCAAUUGAAGAUACAUAUUGACGAGUCUGUGACCCCCGUAGCUCAGCAACCUAGACGGAUCCCAUUUGGCUUGAGAGACAAGGUUGAAGCAGAGUUAAAUCAUCUUCUGGAAGCAGACGUCAUCGAGGAAGUUCAAGGACCGACAUCUUGGAUCAGUCCCGUCGUGGUGAUACCCAAGAAGGGAAGCCAAGUUCGAAUUUGCGUAGAUAUGAGACGAGCCAAUGAAGCCGUCAUCCGGGAGAGACACCCAAUACCCACAGUCGAUGAAGUAGUGGAAGAGCUCAGAUCGAACUGGAUGAAACAUCACGACCAAUAA